CAGCGGCGUGGGGGCGCGAAGAGAUGACGUCAAACCGCUAAACAGAGUCGUGUUGUCAGCUGCUGAGGAACGACGACAGAAAAAAAGCGGUCGUGUGUGCGCAGCUUGUCGGUGAUUAACUUUACGAUUUUUAAGGUCUUCGCCGUGAAGCUGCGAAGAUGCUAGCCGUCGUUCCGUAAGCGAGAGCCACGCCGAAACGGACACCGGGAUAACGGACUGUUCGAACCUAUUCAGGUGGUAGCUGGUGUCUCCGCCAUGAACGUGGGUACGGCACACAGCGAGGUGAACCCCAACACGCGUGUGAUGAACAGCCGGGGUAUGUGGCUGUCGUACAUUCUUGGCAUCGGCCUGCUGCACGUCAUCUUGCUCAGCAUCCCAUUCGCCAGCGUGCCCGUCGUGUGGACCCUCACAAACCUCAUCCACAACCUGUGUAUGUACCUCCUCCUGCACACUGUCAAAGGGACGCCUUUUGAGACCCCCGACCAAGGCAAGGCUCGCCUCCUCACGCACUGGGAGCAAAUGGACUAUGGCGUGCAGUUCACCGCCUCACGCAAGUUCCUCACCAUCACGCCCAUCGUCCUGUAUAUCCUCACCAGCUUUUACACAAAAUACGACCGGGUGCACUUCGUUGUCAACACGGUGUCGCUGCUCACCGUGCUUAUUCCCAAGCUGCCGCAGCUGCACGGCGUCCGUUUGUUCGGGAUCAAUAAGUACUAAUUGGCAUGGUUGUGAUGCCAUUUCUCAACCACAAGGGGGUUUACGGGACACCCCCAGACAAAGAGACAAUGUUUGUGAAUUUCCGACUGGAAGCGGAUUAGACGGUAGUUAGUAGAGGAGCUUCCCUGCAUGCAUCAGUGCCGCUUUUGUAGCAUUUCAUGUCCAGAUUUCAUAUUUAUUAUUAUUGUUAAUGUUGUUUUUUCGGCGUACCUGCUGUCGCCAUUAAAAGGGCUGAAAUGGAAAAUUUGUUUUCACUCAUUUGCUAGCUUUGACGGCGAUAGACGUCCAAUCCGUGAAGCAUGAGCAUUGACAAAUGGAUUGGACGUCUAGUGCCGUCAAUGCAAGCCAAUGAGGUUGUUAGCAAGUGGUUAUGUAUUAUUAUUUUUUUUUUUUUAUAGGAUGUGUAUAUAUACAGUAUUUUUCAAAUUCACUGUUGUCAAGUGUCAUAUUUGUCCUCUUUUAGUUAUUGUAUCAGGGAAAGGUGGAGUACCAUGACUGGUCGUGAGUCGCAGGUAAGACUUGUUCAUUUGUUUGUAUAAUCAUCUUACCAUGCGCAUCUUGCUUUCGAAGCCACAUUUUAGAGGACUAGAACGAUUGGUCGCCAUUCAGAUUUGGUUUGUUGUUCUGUAUUUAGAUACUUAUGAUUGUUGAUAUGACAAAAUUGCGAAAUAUUAAGUCGGGAUUACCAUUCAAAGGUAGUUUUUGUUAUAUGAAUAAAUGGAGAAGAGAUUUGUUUA